CUUCUACAGUAAUUAAUUUAAUUGAGGUUGUGGUAAAUAUGGCGUCGUUCAUGUGGUGUUGUUUAUUUAAAGUAUUAAUUCUUGUAAGUUAUUUUUUAAUAUGCAUAGAAAGCAAAUCUCAAUUAAUGAGUUUAAAUGAAGACAACUGGGAUUUAAUGCUGAAUGGAGAAUGGAUGGUUGAAUUUUAUGCACCAUGGUGUCCGGCUUGCAAAGCUCUGCAGUCCUCGUGGGAGGAGUUCUCAGGGUGGAGUAAAGACUUGAACAUCAAGGUGGGCCAGGUGGAUGUGACGGCCUCGCCCGGCCUCAGUGGCCGCUUCAUGGUCACCGCCUUACCGACCAUAUUCCAUGUGCUGAAUGGUGAAUUCCGACAAUAUCGAGGGGCGAGAGACAAGGAGUCGUUCAUUUCGUUCAUUGAGGAAGACAAGUGGAAAUCUGUAGAUGCGAUCCCAGGAUGGAAGUCUCCUGCAUCAUUCCAGAUGUCCGUUGUUUCCUACUUCUUCAAAAUGUCACAACUGCUCAGGGAUUUGCAGAUUGCUACAAAAAAAGCUGUACACACACGGUUGAUGGAGGAUUAUGGAUUGCCUACUUGGGGAUCGUACUUGAUAUUCGCUGUGGCAACGAUCAUCAUUGGAGCUCUUCUGGGAUUGUUGUUUUCGCAGGUGGCGGUGUGCACCAUUGACUUGUUCUUCCCACCCAAGAGCAUGUCACCACCCAGCGUCAAGCAAAAACACAAGGAGAAAGAAAUGGAAAUAGAGGAAUCUGUGAGUAUUAAAAAAUGUUAUUGCUAAGUAGACGUUUUAGAG